AACACAGCUGUGUUGUUGAUAUCAGCUAGUAUGAAAUAAACUAUAUGUACCGUUAGAUCAUAAGAAACUGAAGGAGGCGAUGCGUGUCGAUAGAGAUUCGGGAUACAUGCCUAAAUCAACAGUGCGAAACAACACACACUAGUGCAACUAGUAAACAGAUUAAUGUGGGUCAGUCUUGGAAAUUAAACAUGCCAAAUGCACGCGCAAAAGUUUGGGGAAUUGUAAAAGACAUUUUGUCGUUUAGGUCCAUCAUAUUGCCUAUAUUGGCCACGUUGCUGCCGCUGUCCAUGGUCCUGAACUCCGAAUCCAAGGCGACACGAUGUGGCUACACUAUGAUCGUAAUGGCGGUCCUCUGGCUUACGGAAGCCCUGCCUAUUCCAGUAACUGCCCUUCUGCCCAUAUUUAUGCUGCCCAUGCUGGGCGUAUCCACUGCAAAGGAGGUCAGCAGCAGUUACGUCACGGACACUUCAAUGCUGUUUCUGGGAGGCCUCAUUGUGGCUGUAGCAGUUGAGGAAUGGAAACUGCACGUGAGAAUAGCCCUGACCAUACUCCGAUUUGUUGGCUCUCAGCCAAACCUUUUGAUGUUGGGUCUCAUGUUGCCCACUUGGUUUUUGUCAAUGUGGAUCAGCAAUACAGCUGCUGCAGCCAUGAUGAUUCCUAUUGUUGCUGCAGUGACGUCACAGGUUAAAUCUGCCUCGAAAGCAGACUUUGCAGCAGACAACCCCGACGACAUGUAUCUCCUAGCAACAAAAAGCGAUGGAAUUUCUGACAUUCAGAAGGGGGAAGGUGCAAUUUUAACCUCCAUAACCCUGAAAUCAGACGACAAGGAACAAGAAAUCAAGGUCAAUGACAACUGUCCAUCACGCAACGAAAACAUUAUGGAAAGCAAUCGAGCGAAGAAAACCACAUCUACGGAUGAUCACACCAGCAGACUCAGUAAAGCACUGGCAUUGUCUAUUGCCUACGCUGCCAACACCGGCGGCAUUGCCACACUCACCGGAAGUCCUCCUAACCUGGUAUUCAAGGCCGUGGUAGACGAUGCAUUUGCGACUGCGGGUAAAGCGUAUGAUGGGGUAGAAUGGAGCUCGGGGAUCAACUUUACGUCCUGGCUGCUGUUUGCUUUACCUAUCUCAUUUCUGACCCUGAUACUGGGAUGGCUGUGGUUAGACCUCUUCGUUCUUAGAUGCAGUAAAUCCUGUGAGUGCUUCAGGAAAGAAAAGUCCGCGAUUGAUUUACAGGUGCGAGAAAUUAUAGCCAAGGAAUUCAGGGAUCUAGGCAGAAUAACCUUUGCAGAAUGCUUGGUAGGUGUGAUGUUUGCCUGUUUGGCAAUUUUGUGGAUUUUUCGGGAACCACCAAAUAUCUCAGGUUGGGGAAACCUUUUUAAAGACAGAUUUAUAACUGAUUCCACACCAGCCAUGCUGAUUGCAGUAUCUCUUUUUAUUCUUCCUGCUAAAAUGCCUGCUGUAUUCUGUACAAGAAAGCCAGGUGAAAAUCGCUAUACUCCUCUUUUAUCCUGGGAGAAAACUGUCCAGAAAGUACCGUGGGGAGUUAUCGUUCUUCUUGGCGGAGGAUUCGCUCUCGCCAAAGCCAGCACACGUUCAGGUCUAUCGAAAUGGUUUGGGGACAGUCUGGACUUCCUGUCUGUUUACAGUCCAUUCCUAUUGUGUCUGGUCGUUAGUCUAAUAGUGGCCGCAGUGACAGAAGUGACCAGCAACACAGCCACGGCAACACUGCUAAUGCCGAUAUUACAAGAACUGUCCAUCACUGCUGGUCUAAAUCCUCUAUACCUGAUGAUGGCGGCAGCUGUAGCGUGCUCCUUCGCCUUCAUGUUACCUGUGGCGACACCUCCAAGUGCAAUCGUGUUUUCACACGGAUUUCUUACUAUUCCUGAUAUGGCCUCUGCUGGAUUGAUGAUGAACAUCAUUUCCGUGUUUGUUCUUACAUUUGGAAUCAACACGUGGGGAAAGCUUUUGUUUGAUUUUGACAAUAUACCAGUGAUAUUCCAGGAAAUAGAAAGGAACGAUACGUUGAGUCCAAUGGCACAGAUGUUAAAUUCUUCACUUGUCUGAUUCACCAUUUUCAGUAUUAAUGAGUAUCUCAGUAUUCCGUGCAUAUGAGUGUUCAAAUAUACACACAAUAAUUGAAUUUGUGUAACAGAACUGUAAAAUUUGGUAAUGGGAAUAAAUGUUUAUUUUCAAAUACGUGUAUUUUUACAAACUGGCUACUUUUGAAUGCUAUUUGUAGACAUGAUAAUUUUGUCAUUUGUAUUUUUGACCGUUAUCAUUCCUAUUUUGGUCUAAACGCACAAAAAGUGAUAAUGUACUGUAUUGUUUUCAUUAUAAUUUGGAAAGAGAAGCACAUAUCCUACAUGCAGGUAAAAACGAAUGUUUAACAAUGUUAGACUGGAUUGGAGAUAUGGUAUAGGUAUUGUAGUAAACGAACAUAGAAAUACUCAGGUUUUAUAAUAAUAUACAAAAAUCUAGAUAACAUUUAUAUUGGAAGUUGUUUCAAAUGUUAAUAUGUCAAAUGUAAAUAAUUAAGGCAACUGUCGGGUGAAGUAUAGUAAUGAAUCCGCUUGUAAUGCACUCCUAGUUUAAAUCUGAGCAGCAAAAACAAGUUUAAAUAACAAGAAUUUUAUAGAGACAACAUGGAUACCUCUUUAGUUAAUGUAGACAAUGUAGAAGCUUAGCUUUAUAGUAGACACACGAGUAGUAACGCUCACCUGGAUAGUUAAGUUCUUGUAAAGAAAAUAAUGGAUCUCAUUAACUGUUACCUCUCCAUUCCUACUACCUACAAGGUUGAGAGACUGACUGAGAGACGAAGAAAGGAACUUGGAUCCAGCGUGUAUUGUACCAAAUGAUCCAAGUCCAUUUGUUAUUGAAAAUUUUUAUUUUUGAAUCUUCAUUUGUUCCUGCAUCUGUGCAUUUACCCAUACCACAAGUAAAAAUGAAUAUGCAAAAUAUUUUCAAUGUUGAAAUUUUUCAUUUUCAUUUUACAGGUAUACCUUCUUUUUAUACAUUGGUUUCCAAAAGAGAAAUAAAAAAAAAUAAUCAAACAAAUCAUUUUUAUACGAGAUAACAGUAACUUGUAAAAUAAUUAAUAAUAAUAAAUAAUUGC